CCACUCGACCGUUGUCUAUUAUACUCUACAUGCAACCAUAGCAAAGUUUGUUCUUUAUUAACCGUGUUAUUAUUCAUGACCAUAGCAUAUAGGUUUUCUGUGUCCGUAGGUGUUCCGAGCCAUUGUCUGGGCGUAAACUGUAAACUUGUUGGAGACCAUGCUUUUUGCGCCGCUUGCUGGGCUUGCUUGCUUGCUUUGUUUCAAAUGAACGCGUGAACACCGGCGGCACAUUCAGUACAAUGGGUCGCGCUAUUCCGGUUCAUGUGGUUGAGCCACACUUUCAUGCAUUGGAUCACAUCUACCGUGCCAUUGGGUCCAAGAAAUUGAACUUCGAUGGCCUGCUAUUGAUUCAUUUCGACGCCCAUCCGGACCUUGUAAUUCCUCCCCAGCUCGAACCGCUAAAGAUCCAGGACCGUGAGCAUGUGAUGUCAUCUAUUGACAUUGAAAGCUGGAUUAUGCCUGGUGCUUUGGCAGGUCACUUUGACCGCCUGCUAUGGGUUCGUUCACCCUGGUCAGAUCAAUUGCCCGACGGAGACCACUGCUUUCUAAUUGGCGAAAAGGAUGGACGUGCCAAGGUUUCCAGUGCACUGCCAUACUUCCUGAGUGAGUGUGCUUGGGCACCUAGUGAAGAGCUGUCCGGUGCACACGGGGUGACUCUGAGGGUGCGGCCCCUGGACUGGCUACUCAAGCAGCGAGCCCUGGAUGAGACCUGGCGGCCAAGCAGCUCACGACAGCUGGUGCUCGACAUUGAUCUAGACUUUUACAGCACGCAGGACCCCUUCUCACUCAUGUUCACUGCCAGCCAGAUGGCCAUGCUGCGAAAACUUUACCACUGGGACUGGCCAAAAGAUGUGCGUGAUGCACAGAAGGUCAAGGAAGCUCAAGAUGGUCGUGCUAGGCAACUUGAACACCUGAGGACCUGUCUUAACUACCAGUUGCAGGACAGCAAGAACUUGGAGCAGCCAGUCGAUGAAAACAGCCUCGGAGAGCCUUCAUACCCAGCUGAGCUGGUGGCUUUAUGCAGUGACCUGAAGGAACGUCCUCCAAUAGGAGAAACUCUGCAUGCAGACUUGGUUCACGAUGCUGGUUGCACGUGCGACUUGGAUUCUACAUUACCUCACCACCGAAGCUCAAAGCAGGAAGUCUUGGAUCUCAUCGCCAGCACAGCUCGUUUUCUCCAGAGCUUGUGUGCAGCACCAGCAGUGAUAACGAUAGCUCGUUCCAGCAUUGAUGCUUACUGUCCGCCGGAAGAAGUCGACUUCAUUCAGCGUUCAGUGAUCGACAUGCUUAGGAAUGUGUAUGGUGAACUGGACGUGCAGUUAGAUUAUGACAGUGCUGGUGAUGCAUAAUUUUUUACAUUGUAGGAAUCUAAAUGCGAGUGUGUAAAGCUGUUAGUAUGCAAAAUAUGGGCGAUGUUCAUGUGACCUGUUCAAAGUUAUAAAUACCGCCUUUCUGAGGCACCUACAAUGUUGCUGUGUGUGCUAUUUUUGAAGUUACAUUUCAGAAAAUUAUGAAACUGAUUUGCAGUAAUGUGAGGAAUUCUUUCGGAAAGAAAUUUGUGUAAUCAACCAAGCUUUCCAAUUCGAAACUGUAUGGCCAAUGUUUCUACUGUCACUCAUUCAAGACGUUUUUCAAUAUCACAGUGAUGGAGAGUGCAAAAGUACCUGCUGUCGAGGUUUGUGGUUGAUCUAGUCGACAUUGUAAACAGGCUUUUCAUGUAUUUUUGGCAAGGACACAUUGCAUUGUAGGCCAUAUCAGGAAGAGGAAUAAUGCAUAACAAAUUGAGGACUAAUGAGUCCCGCAACACUGUUAUGUGUUGUUCUUUCCAGAAUGUACAAUAAACAUUUGUGAAGCUUUCAAUACCUCAUGCAUUUCCAUAGAAUAUUUUAAAGAGUACAGGCAUUCUUGCAUUCUGCUCCUGUUAGAAUUGGGCUGCCACUGCUUGAAGUCAAAUUUGCAAUUUUGCAGCAGAAUGUCAUAACUAUUGUGGCAGCUCAGAAGUGUUUUUUCUGAAAAAUGACUGCCUUCAAUUCUGAAAUAUAAACAUAUGCAUUACACUUUUUAAGUGGGAGGUGAAAACUCUUGUGAACUAACCACAUUGUGAAAUAUAAAGAUCUGUUUUUGUCUACUUGGAUAAAUAAAUAGGUUACUCAAA